UAUAUAAACGAGAUACAGAAGUAAUAUCCGUUGAGUUAAUUUCUGCAUCGAUCAUGUUGAAAUUUUUCUUAGGAACACUUUGCUUAGCCGCUUUUGCCUCCGCUAAAACGGGAUGCAAGUUCACUCAACACGAGGAACGUUGUCUUUCUGUUAUUUGCAAACCUGAUUAUAUUACUCACAAAGAUACAGUGAUAAGUUGUUUGAAGAAUGCUAAUGAGAAAGGAUUUGGUGAAUGCGUUAAAAAAGUUUAUGGGACGUAUAAUUCAAAUGAGAAGCAUAAUCCAACUUGUCCAAAGAAACUUGAAAAGUACAUACAACUGUUUUGUGACGAAUGCUUUGUUACAAAAGGCGUUGCCAGUUGUCUGAACAAAUUUACUGAAAGCCAGAAAUGUAUAUUGGAUAUAAAUGAAGAAAAAGGCGAAACUUCCGAACGAAACAGAUCUUAUAUUAAAACCAUUAGCAAGAAACAAGAAAGUACUUUUACUGUGUACAAAAAUAAACUUGUUUACUAAAAAUCUCACUAUUCUUUGUAACCGUUAAAGUAAAUUGAAAAUGUAUACUGUUAUGAAAUUACAAAAAUUUAUUCUUGAAUAAAUAGUUCAUUCAAGCAUA